UUUAUUAUUGUUCUUUUCGCCCGACUCUUUCUCAGGUGUCACCAGGUGGCUGCUCCUCUGCUGCAUCGGCAUGCCAGCAGUCAGUAUUUUGGACUUCCGCCGCCAAGACGUCCACAUGGCCAUGAAAAAGAGAUAUGUGAAGCGCCUGGUGCGCAAAGUGGUCCUGUUAUUGGUGGUCAUCGUCACCGUGUCCCUGGUCACCACCUUGGUGGUCGAACAGCGUAUGAAAAAGGCCGCCGAGCAGACGGAACAACUCGAUCCCAAUGGAGAUCCCAUAACGCCCGUCUUCCGAGCUGCCAAUAUACUGCCAACGCGGAAGGCUCCACGCCCACCAUUUCAGGAUCGCAACUCCGUGGUCGAGCUCCCAAAAAGUGAGAAGCCUCAGGGCUUCCGACUGCCGGAACCGAAGGGAGAGCGCAAAGAUUGGCACGACCACGCGGCCAUGGAGGCGGAUAGAAAGCGAUCCGGUUUUGGUGAGCACGGCGUAGCCGCGAAGAUCGAAAACCCCGAUGAGAAGGAGUUGGAAAAGGAGCACUCCUGGAUGAACGGCUUUAAUGGCCUCAUAUCGGAUCGCAUCUCCCUCAAUCGAUCUGUGCCAGAUAUCAGACUCGAGGCUUGCAAAACCCGGAAGUAUCUGGCCAAGUUGCCCAAUAUCAGCGUGGUUUUCAUCUUCUUCAACGAGCACUUUAACACCCUGCUGAGAUCGAUAUAUAGUGUGAUAAAUCGCACUCCACCGGAAUUACUGAGGCAAAUUGUGCUCGUGGACGAUGGCAGCGAGUGGGAUAGUCUGAAGCAGCCGUUGGACGACUACGUGGCGCAGCACUUUCCACAUCUGGUGACCGUGGUGCACAGUCCGGAGAGACAAGGUCUCAUUGGAGCCAGAAUAGCUGGUGCCAAGGUGGCAGUGGGUGAAGUGAUGGUCUUUUUCGACUCCCACAUAGAAGUCAACUACAAUUGGCUGCCUCCCCUGCUCGAACCCAUUGCCAUCAAUCCCAAGAUCUCCACCUGCCCCAUGGUGGAUACCAUUUCGCAUGAAGAUCUCUCCUACUUCAGCGGGAAUAAAGACGGAGCACGCGGUGGAUUCGAUUGGAAAAUGCUGUACAAACAGCUGCCGGUGCUGCCGGAGGAUGCGCUGGACAAGUCCAUGCCGUACCGGAGUCCCGUGAUGAUGGGCGGCCUGUUCGCCAUCAACACGGACUUCUUCUGGGAUCUGGGCGGCUACGACGAUCAGCUGGACAUCUGGGGCGGUGAGCAGUACGAGUUGAGCUUCAAGAUCUGGAUGUGCGGCGGCUUGUUGCUGGAUGUUCCCUGCUCGAGGGUGGGACACAUAUUCCGCGGACCCAUGAAGCCAAGGGGCAAUCCCAGGGGACACAACUUUGUAGCCAAGAACCACAAACGCGUGGCAGAGGUUUGGAUGGAUGAGUACAAGGAAUAUGUGUACAAACGCGAUCCCGCGACCUAUGAUAACGUGGAUGCCGGCGAUCUGACGCGUCAGCGUGGAGUUCGAGAGCGGCUGCAGUGCAAGAGUUUCCACUGGUACAUGACGGAGGUGGCGCCCGACUUCCUCGUCAAGUUCCCGCCUGUGGAACCACCAAGCUACGCCGCCGGCAUCAUACAGAACGUGGCCAAUCCGGUCUAUUGCCUGGAUAACAUGGGCAAGGCCGUCGAGCAGGCGGUGGGUAUGUUCAGCUGUGCGGACAACAAGACCCAUCCGCAACCGAAUCAGUUUUGGGAGCUCUCCAUAUUCCGAGAUCUGCGCAUGAAAAGCUUCGACUCAGUGUGCCUGGAUGUGCACGAGGGACCGCCGAAUGCCACCGUUUGGAUGUGGAACUGUCACAGCCAGGGUGGCAAUCAGUUCUGGUACUACGACCGGCCAACCCAGCGGUUGAUGCACGGCGAGCACAACAAGCGCUGCCUGGAGGGAUUCGUGGAGAACGGCGAGGCCAGGGUGGUGGCCAAUGCCUGCGAGGAGGGCAAUGAUCGCCAGCGCUGGGAGUUCGGAUUCGUGAACCACACCAUGCUGGACACUUUCCACGAGGGAUUACACUAGACUUUCAGCCAUGAGCCAAGCCACUACCAAUUUGAGGCCAGAUGUCGAUCGGUUCAGGUCGGGGACCUCGAUCGUCACGGGUUUAGUUCAUUGAUCGUUGUGAAGGUUUCUGACAAAAAAAACAAAAAAGUUCGCUAAGUAAAUUCCAUUUUUCCAUUAAUUCUUGCCCCAUGCAUUAUUGAUAUAUGUCAGCGGAAAGUGAAAGAUCUGGACAGGCAGAUCGCAAUCGCAGCGAGGAUUCACUUCGAUCGCAAGCCACAAACUCUGAUCUUUAUUUGCGCCACGCACACUAUCUUUAGGUAUCAACGUUUUCAAGAUAUAAAGUUAAGAGAUGGUAACUAUAUGAAAUUAAUCAGUAAUAAAUCUGUUUCAAA